AUGGCCGCGAGAGAGAAGCUCCGCGGGAUCGGCGCCCGCAGCUACGACGACGCGAUCUUGUCCUUCGCGCCCGUGCACAACGCGUACCGCAGCGUCGCCAACGGCUCCAUCGAGCAGCUGUACCAGCUCCUGCCUGCGCUGCUCGGCGCCCGCGAUUACCACGGCGCUGCCUCGGUCCUGCGCUCCAUCUAUCGCUCGUUCAAGUCGCAUCCCGAUUUGUGUGUCACGACCAGCAUGGAGAUUCUGCGCCGCCAGCCCGACGGCAUCGCUGCGCUGCUCCACUACCUGCAGAGCCUCAUCGCGCUCAACGACGAAUCCAUCAACGCGGCGGUCAUGCAGCGCGAGAUCUUCCUACUGCACCUCUUCCAGGGCAACUUGUACGUGGCCUACCGCCAUUUCAAGGACGAAAUGCAGUCGAUCGAAGCGUUCCGAGACGACGCGCACGUGCAGGCCGACUUUGGCAUCCUCUGCUACUGGCUCCUCUUUUACGAAGACGACGACCUCCGCGCCCAGUUUCGCGACCACAGCGUGCCCCACACCCUGCAUAUCAACGAGCUCGAGACCAAGAUUGGGACCGCGCUCUUGUUCCAGGAGGGCCAAAUGGCACUGCGGCGUGCGAUUACCUUGUCGCCAGCGUCGCCUGUCUACAUGGCCUACUACGUACAGCUGCUUGUGAUGAAGCACGAGAUCGCGCGAGCCGGCGACUUUAUUGAACACUUUUACCACCACAACCCGCGCGAGCCCCACGCGUGUCGCAUGGCCCACGGAUUUUACGCCCUGUACUACCCUGACGCGACGGCGACCCAUGUGGAGAUUUGCCGACGCUGGGCGCGGUUGGAACCCACAGCCACCGAGCCGUUGCAGGCACUUGUCUCGGCCCACGCCAACGGUCAUGUCCCUACCGACGUGCUGCUCGAGGCGCUUGCGUCGGCGAUCGACACGUGCGGCAGUCUCUUGUACGAGGACCUGCACGCGCAGCAUACGUUUUGGCUCUGGCAGCAGCUCGCGACGCUUCUCGGACCGGUGCCAUCGACAUCGACGCCAUUGGCCGCACUGACCCAACGGCAGUGGUGGGGUCGUGUGUACUUGAGCCCUGGUUCCAUCACGGAUGCCAACUUGGAGCUCAGCUUGUACAAGGCGGUCGUCGCCUCCCACAUGUCGAUGGCGUCUGACUUUAUCGAUCGCGUGCUGACGCUCGCGUCCGAGCAUGGGGACGCAAUGGAGCUCGUUCACGAAUUCGAGCUCGCACCGGUCGCGCCUGCCGCUAAGAAGCGAAAAGUUACGCUUGCCCGCAAGAAGGCGCCGUUUUGGCGUCCGUCCAGCGGACAGCUGCGCAUGCCCCACAUCCUCGAUCGCGCGGCGCUGCUCUCGUCCUAUACGCUUCGUGACGCACUCCACGUCCGCGAGGUGGAGGCGAGUACGUCCGGGACGUUCACGACAAUCCAAGUGCCGUCCUAUGCGCCGGUGGUCGAGCCGGACGCGCACCCGCUCAACUGGCUCCUUCAAAAACGCAAGCAGCCAACGCCGCAUUAUCUCGCGCACGUGGCAGCUGUCGGGACCGCGGAUGCCAUGCAGCCGCCGAUGACACCGCACGUGGUCUUGAGCCAGCGCGACUUGACCGCUCACGUCCUCGAAGACACGCGGCUUCGAGACCCGCUGACCGCCGACAUUUUGCCCCAUGCGUUCAGCACGCUCGCGCGAACGAUCGACGCGCUGCCGCUGGCCGGCGAAAACGACGUGCGCGAGACCUUUGUCCGUCGCUACGUGCGCGCGUCGCGGUCGCUCCUCGCCGAGCUCCCGAUCGCGUCCAAGUACCUGCACUGGCUGCAGAUGUACGUGCAAAGGCAUGGCCUCCAGAGCACCGUCGACGGGGCCAUGGCCUUUCUGCGCGUGCGCCUGCGGGCGGUCGGCGGGUCGAGCCGUGGGUUCCCCCACCCGGGCCUCGUCGCCAAAGCUUUAUCGUAUUUUGAGCGAAAUGCCGCCGCGCUCCCUGCGCACUACAAGCAGCUGCUCUUCGCGUCGCUCCUCCGCGACUACCAGCGCUACCGGACGGCCGACCUGCAGCGGUUCAACGUCCGAAAGCUAUGCCACGCCCACUAUGCAGCGCUGCAAGCAACGUCGCCGGGCGACCUGCCGCACUGGCACACGUGGCUGGCCGCCGCGCAGUCGCUGCAAAGCCAGCUCUACGCCAACCCGGUUCUUGUCGACGGCGCCGUGCGCCACAAGCUCUGUCAUCCUUCGCUGCCGCGACCCGACCCCGCGUAUCUGCAUCACAUCUCCGAGGUGGUGCUGCAGCGCGCGCUCUCGGACCCAGCUGUGCACCGGUAUCGCGACGCACUCCGCGAGUGGCUCGACCGCGAGUCGCCGCUCUCGGACGCGCAGCUCUCGACAAAAGUGCACUUGUUUUUCGAUGCGUCGGCGCCAAACUUUCCGUCGCCGUCGCUGCUGCGGGCGCUCAUCACGUACGAGCGGGCCAGUUUGCACUAUGAACGCGCGAUCGAGGUCGGCCGCGACAGUCUCUACUGGUCGCGCAAGAAGGUGCUCCCGACCGGCGUGCGGGAGACCAUUCUCCAAGCCACCUUGCGCGACGUGCACCACGCAUCGCCGUAUGACGCCUUUGUGGAGGCCGCGGAUGUCUUUGGCUACGUGCCCGAGACGCUGACAGCAUUUCCAUCCACGGCCGCGGUGCACGAGCUGCAGCGGACGGCGAUUGCCACCGCGAUCCGAGCAGGUCUCGGUUUUGGCGAAGCGGUGUUGCUUGGCCUCGACGACGGCGACGUGGCUGUCGAGGGUGACGCCACACCCGCCGCCAAGCGCUACACCCGGUGGCGCGCGCAGGCGCUGGCGUACGUUUUGGAGCACCCCGACGCGACCCCAAACGAGCUCUUGGCGUCGUUUCCAGCGACCGACCAGCCACCGAUGGCCGUGGUCGUGGACCGACUCUUGCCGUACUGCCGCAAGAAGGCGCAGCCGCUGCGCCGCUCCAAGACGAUCCAUCAGCACCUCGACGACGCGCUGGUAGUCUGCCCGUCGCUCCGCGCGCACGAACUUUACCGCUACGUUCGGCACUGCAUGGGCGGUCGCGUGCCUGGCCACGACGACGUGCGCCUUGAUCGACCGAUGAAGUCGGACGCGACCAACCGCCGCUUCUACAACCUCAUCGAAGUGGCCCGCGCUCGGUACCGCAGGAUGUACCCGGCGCCCCGGUCCGCGUCGCGUACCGAGAUCGAGACCGUCUUUGGCUGGCUCGACGCGAUACCAGCGUGGGCCCAUGACUUGGAUCCGAGAGGCGACAUCGUCGCGGUUGUCGAGACGAUCCAUAAAAGCCGCGACCAAAGUUUGUCGAAGGAUGCGGCGUGGUACCUUGUCCAAGUGCGCGAUGCGAUGCGUCCGAGCGUCUCGGCCGACGCGGAGCUGCCCAGCCUGCGCGUCAUCAAGCGCGCGGUCCGGCACGUGUCGCGCACGGCGUACCGGCGUGCGCUCCUCGAGCUCCUGACCGCCACGUUUGCCGCCGACCGACCGGAUGCGGCGUGGGAUCAGCUCGUGCGGGAGCGGCUCGCGGCGUUGUUUGAUGCGACGCGCGCGGCGUUCCCGACGCUACAGGCGGUGGCCUAUGCGCGCGUGCGCUGGCAGCAACGCGACCGGCUCUUGACGUACCUCGACAAGGACGGCAUGACGCCGCAGUUACUCUUGCUCCUCCUUCGCCACGACUUUGGCGGGUUCGAGCCGUCCGUGACGACGGAUCUCGUCCUCGACGCGUGGCCCGAAGCAAGCACCGCCUUCGCCAACCGCCCCGUCUAUCUCGAGUAG